GCUUCGGCCACCCGCUCUAAUCGAAUCGCGUUUUGCAUCUUCCCCUCCUGCAGCUAUGGCUGAUCUUGCGGGCCGUAAGGUCUUCAAGGUCUUCAACCAAGACUUCGUCGUCGACGAACGCUACACCGUCACCAAGGAACUCGGACAAGGAGCUUACGGCAUUGUAUGUGCGGCCGUGAAUAACCAGACGAAUGAGGGGGUCGCCAUCAAAAAAGUCACCAAUGUCUUCAGCAAGAAGAUUCUGGCGAAGCGUGCUUUGCGCGAGAUUAAGCUCCUUCAACACUUCAGGGGCCAUCGAAAUAUCACCUGUCUGUACGACAUGGACAUUCCCCGACCCGACAACUUCAACGAGACUUAUUUGUAUGAAGAGCUGAUGGAGUGCGAUCUUGCUGCCAUCAUCCGCUCCGGCCAACCCCUAACGGACGCGCACUUCCAGUCGUUCAUUUACCAAAUCCUCUGCGGUCUAAAGUACAUCCACUCCGCUAAUGUUCUCCAUCGCGAUCUCAAACCCGGAAACCUGCUUGUCAACGCCGACUGCGAGCUCAAGAUCUGCGAUUUUGGCCUUGCCCGAGGCUUUUCGGUCGACCCCGAGGAGAAUGCUGGUUACAUGACGGAGUACGUUGCCACCCGGUGGUACCGCGCUCCCGAGAUCAUGCUGAGCUUCCAGAGCUACACAAAAGCCAUUGAUGUCUGGUCGGUCGGCUGUAUCUUGGCCGAGCUUUUGGGUGGGCGUCCGUUUUUCAAAGGCCGAGACUACGUCGACCAGCUGAACCAGAUCCUCCACAUUCUUGGCACCCCUAACGAAGAAACGCUGUCCCGGAUCGGUUCGCCCCGUGCCCAAGAGUAUGUGCGGAACUUGCCCUUUAUGGCCAAGAAGCCCUUCCCUCAGCUCUUCCCCAACGCCAACCCCGAGGCGCUCGACCUUCUCGACAGGAUGCUGGCCUUCGAUCCGACCAGCCGUAUCACGGUUGAGCAAGCUUUGGAGCACCCUUACCUGCAUAUCUGGCAUGACGCUUCCGACGAACCGGAAUGCAAGACUACCUUCAACUUCGACUUUGAGGUUGUCGACGAUGUCGGCGAGAUGCGCAAGAUGAUCCUGGAAGAAGUCUAUCGCUUCCGCCAGUUCGUCCGUACCGUUCCAGGCUCGGCGCAUGCAGCUUCUCAGGCGGCACAGCAGGCUGCUGCUGCUGCUGCUGCUGCUUCUUCUCAAGUGCCCAUCCCGUCCGGUCAUGGCCAGUGGACAGCAGACGAGCCUCGGCCUCAAGAGUAUUUGGGCCAGGGCAACGGACUUGAGGCGGACCUGGCCGGCGGCCUUGACGGAAGGAGAUAAGAGAUAUCCACCGUUCAGGCCAGUGGAAUGAGCCACUUGGCAUGAGCGCCUUCUGAUGCGAGACGAGUUGGGACGGCCGGCUUGUAGUCGGAAUUUUGAAUUCAGUAGCGUCUCUGACAUGUCUGAUUGGGAACCCUGCCAGUACUUGGGUGUAGGAACCAUGAUCCGGGGUCAAGGGACUGGGUGAAAAGCAUUGGGGUGACCAGUGGAGUGAAGAGACGGAUGCUAAGCGAUAUGUAGUUCAAGCAUCGGACGCAUAUGAACACUAUAAUGAAUGAUUGAAUUAUCGACCCCAGCAGCCUUGGAUUUCUUGUCUGUUUUAAUAUAUCAGUGGCC